AAAUUACCUGUUGCGGUUCCAUGUUGUUGUUUUGAUUGUUGAUGAUGACAGUCCGCCACGCUGAGCGCGCUUCCUCUACGUCGUUACCUAGGAGCGUUGCUAGGAACGGUCAAAAAAUACCCCGGAAAUAGAAAAUUUGAAUGGCAGACAGGAAAAGAGCGACAUCACCAUAUUGCUCUCGAAAACAGGGCAAAUUUCUUUCCAGAUGAUGGCAGUGUCGUUCGCCAAUAAUAGUAGUUGAGCACGUUUUCGUCGAAGAAGAAGACGAAUAACAGGACGCCGUGGACGCUGAAGGCUUCUCCACUGUACACGAGCCAAAACUUCCAACAGGGUUAACAGCAACUCAGCAGCACUAAACCUGGCGACAACUAGUGCGUCAUAGAGAAAUACUGGAUCAGAGAUACUGGAAAUAAACGGAAGCCAUGCCAAGAAAGAAAGAGCUAGUUCGAGGUGGGCCUUCAGUACCCAGAAUUCGCGAAGACUCGAGACUAAUGCGCACCCACGAAUCAAUAGUGGAUUUCAUGAGUGGGCGCAGGACUUCCUUACUAGAGGCAUUGGCUCAACCCUUUAUUUCAGCCUUACAGUAUGCUCAGGUCUUAGAGGAUGAUCUCAUAUAUUCAGACGACGACGACGAUGAUUAUUAUGAUGACGAUGAUGAUUAUCAUCCACGUUAUGCUGCGAGCAAACCUUUGGAACCACAUCCACAGAUAAAACAGCUCACAGACGAGGAGGCAGAUAAAAUUGCUAAGGAAUUGAUAGAAGAGGAAGAUCGGCGUAAAGAGAAAACUGAAAGAAACAAACGUAAAAAAAAGCGCAAAAAAGAAAAGAAACGACUUGAAAAGGAGAGCGCGCUAAAGGAAAAUUUACCUGAAAACAAUGAGGAAAAGUUAGAGAAGUUGGAGUCUUCAGAGAAUGAGGAACAAACUCGUAUAAUUGAUGAUAAUUCGGAGGAAAACAAGCCUCCUGAAUCCGAUGAAUCGCAAACGGCAACCAAGGACCCCGGAUGUGUUGAGCUCGCUGGAAAAGAUAUUGAGAAGAUAAAUACUACAGAAGAUAAGCAACAAAAUGACUUGAAUUUAAAUAAUUUAAAUGCUGAACCUACUAAAUUGGUCCCUGAGGAGGAGGAGAAGAGUAACCUGAAGUCUAUAAAAGAGAAGAAGAAGGUAAAAAGCAAAGUCGCUGAGGUUCAGCAGCAGGAGGACAAAAACGUCCAUGUUUGCGAGAAACCUGAGGUUCAGAUGAAAAGCCAACCUGAAACCAAUAACGAGCAGAAACCGUUUGGACCCAUGACCGAGGAGCUAGCGAAAAGAAGCGUAGAGCUGGCCAGUAUGGGGAACCGCUUGGCCGCGUCCGGACAGUACGACAUGGCAGUGUCGUGUUUUACGGACGCCAUUAAAUACAACCCAAAGGAAUUCAAGUUGUUUGGAAAUCGCUCUCUGUGUUAUGAAAGGCUUGAGCAGUACGAAAACGCCCUGAGGGACGCCGACCUGGCGCUCUCCAUGCAGCCCAAAUGGAUAAAGGGUUUGUUCCGGAAAGGAAAAGCCCUCUGUGGCCUCAAGAGAUACUAUGAAGCCUCCCUGAUCUACAAGGAUGUGUUGACGCUGGAGAGCUCGAGUGUUGAAGCUGCGCAGGAGCUGAAACGAGCGCAGACGCUGCACCUUAUGGAAAUGGGUUUCUCCUGGGCGCAAAGCACCGAGGCCCUCAAAGCUCACCCGACCCUCGAGGAAGCCGUGGAAGCUCUGUUCGCCGGGAACAGAAGCAAAGAUCAUGGAGGGGCUCGAGCCAUCUGGGACAAAUUCAAGCAGCCGUCGCAUCAGGACGACAACAAUGAGGACGAAGAGGAGGACAACGAUGACGGAGAGUGGACCGUCCUGCAAACAGCCCGUCCACGAACGCAGCAAGUCAAAGAUAUCGACUGUCUGGGCCAAAUCAGAUCCAAAUCCCAGUCGCCGACUCCUCGCUCCAGGAGUUCAGCCAAACCAGAGCUGUUUUCAGUUUGGGUGGGAACCCUGGGUCCUGCCAUAACUUAUUCAAAACUCCAUGAGCUUUUCAGCAGAGUGGGAACGGUGUACAGCAUCAAGAUGCUGCUGGAGCUGCAGUGUGCGUUUGUCAACUACACCCGGAAGGAAGAGUGCGAGAGAGCCAUCCAGUGUAUCGACGGAAUGGUCGUGGAAGGCGCUCCGUUGACUGUUCGAUAUCCGUUUAAGGGCCACACCGGAGAGACGGAGUCCUACCAACGUCUUAGUACGUACAAGAAGGAGUGCUUUUUCUGGCGGACAACGGGCUGCACGAGGGAUGACUGCACCUUCAGACACAUCCCAGAGCACAAGAACAUCGACAGAGACAAGUUCACCAGCAGACUGGGUCUCGGAUCACAUGCAGGGAAUUAAAAAUCAGUAAAAAGCAACAUGUAGAGCUUUCGCGCAGGGUCUUUGAUUCAAGUGGAUAAAAAAACACUAAAAAGAGCUUAAGAAACUUAAGAAAAGUGUUCCUGUCCUUUGCAUGCGUACAAACACGUAUAUAACUGCGUAACAUUUACUGUAUUGUCAAAUGAACGUGCCUUUUUUUAACUGUACUUUAAACGUGCCUCUAGCUUGGAUGCUUACCUGGCGGUCGGAAAAUGUGUGGAAGACUUUUAAGUUUUGCAGUUUUAAAAAUGCUCCUGAAGAGAUUUCUCUGGUUGAGUUCUAAGCCACCACUAGGUGGCAGUGUUAUAUUUUAACCCUUGUAGGGGGGUUGGACCUAUUGGCUUUAAUUUUUAAGGCUGGGAUUCUGCAUAGUUGUUUCAUGUUAUGCCUAUUGUUUUUCUUAACUUAUAUUUCUGGGACUUUGGGUCGGUCUGUGAUGUGUGUGCCUGUGUGUGUGUCCGUGUGUGUGCGCGCGCGUCCAGACCAUCAAUGGUUUGGUUUAUGACGAUUAAAGUUUUCCUGUUCCCAGAG